AUGGAACUAUUUGAUAGAGGAAGUUUAAGAAAUUUAUUUGUUGGUAGUUGUAAUGAAAAGGAUGACAUAAUAAAAAAUUUAUUUGUGUCAGCUAUAACGCCAAGCAUUAAGGAUAUUGAUGAAAAAAAUUAUAAUUUGCUUGGAAUAUUAAAUAAAUACGAGAAUGAAAUAAACUCCUGUAUUAAUAUGAGUAAUUAUUAUAUAAAUGAAGCUUAUUCAUCUAACUUAAAGUCCGAAAAAGUAAGACGCAAAUUGAGAAUUCAUAUAUAUACAAUUUAUAAGGAUGGACAAAGAGAAGUGAGUUUUCCUUCAAAUAUAAAUCUUGAAGAUUCACAUAGAAUUUAUAAUUAUGUUAGUCCAUCAACAUUUACUUUUAAUAUUCAUGGUUAUGUUUUAAAUUUAGAUGAGAAUGAUAAAGAUUUAUUUGAAAAAGAAGAAUGUUUAUCACGUUCCAAAAAAAUUCAAAGUGAAUUGAAUUCCAAUAAUUCCAUAAAAGAAAAUGGGAUGAAUUCAAAGGAAAUGGAUAGUCAAAAUUCGUAUAGUGAUGUUGAUAAUAUAUCUGAUAUAAGUGAACAAGAAAUUGAUUAUUAUAGUACUAGUGCUAUGAAAUUUACUUCUUUUUUUUCAACCAUAAUAGUUAUGAGGGAUACCGAAACAAUUAUUUAUGAUAAAAAAAAUAAAAACUAUUAUGAUUGUGAUAAGUUGACAUUUACUCGUAUAGUAAAUGAAAAUACAAAAGAAACAAUGAAAAUAUUUCUAUUUUUAGAUCAAAAAAUCCCUUUUUUUGAACUAUCUCCUGAAUUAAAGGAUUUUAUGAAAUCAUCAGAAGAAACUUUACCUGAAAUAAUAAGAUGUAUUUAUGCAUAUAGUUUAGAAAAUGACUUAAUUGAUUCAAGUAUUAUGAAAACAGAUGAAGUUUUAAAAAGUAUAUUAGAGGUAGAUGAAUAUGAAUUUUCUGAAUUACCUAAACUUUUGAAAAAACAUAUUUCCAUUCAGAAACCAAUAGUAUUAGAGCAUGUUAUUGAUUUAGAAAAUUCUGAACAAUCGGAGAGUAUUUAUGAUAUUGUUAUUGAUACAUUUGAACCAUAUGUAUCAUUUGAAAAUGGUGAAUAUAAAAAAUUUUUACUUGAUUCGCACAAAUUUAAUAAGUUAUUGGAACUUUUAAGAAUUAAUGAAAAGGAAUAUUUAAUGAAUAAUAAAUUAAAUGAAAUGAGUUCCAAUGAUGAAGAUAAAAGUGUGCAAAAAAAAAAACAAGUGGAUAAUAAUAGUGAUGAUCAUAAAAAUUCAAAUGAAGAUCAAAUACUUAGUGAAAUUCAUAAGACUGAAAAAGAUAUAAUGCAGAAGGAAAACUUUUAUGAUAAUUCGGAAGAUAUAUCAUUAAGUAAUAUAAAAGAAUCAAAUAAUUUAACAGAUGUUGAAAAUGAUAAUGAAGUCAUUGAUGAAAAUAUAACAAAACAAAUAGAAGAACAAGUAAAUAAUGAUAUGAUAUUAUAUAAUAAUACUAAUUCAGAUGUAAAAAAAGAAACCAAAAGUAUUGAAGAAAAAAAUUUUAAUAAAGAGGAUCCUAGGGAUCAAGUUUUUUUGCAAGAACAAAAUAAUGACAAAAUAUCAUCUAUGGGUAUGUCAACAUUUGAAUUGAUAAAUGGAUUACAAAAUGAAAUAAAUGAAUUAGAUGAAAAAAUUAUAAAAACAUUAAAUAAAAUUAAACAUAAAAAUGGUUUAAGAUUACAUUAUAAAAAUUUUUGUGAAAAUCCAUGUAAAUUUAUUGAUCAUUUUAUGAAUAGUAAAUUUUCUGAAAAUAUGCAAAACGUAAAUGAUAAUUCAUAUAUUUAUGAACAGGCAGCUAAUAUUAAUGAUGAUAAUUAUUAUAAGUUACCGUGGGUUCAUAGAGGUAUAUCAAAAUAUUUAUUAAUUAAAAAUAAAAAUUUUGAUGAUAUUCUUAAAACUGUAUUAAAUUCAAUGAAUUUAGAAUGUAAAAGAAAAGAAAAUCCAAAUAUAUAUGAAAAUAUAAAUAACACUCAAGGAAUAAUGUUAAAUAAAACAAAGGACAAGCGUUUGAAAACAUUAAAAAAUAAUUAUACACAACAAAAUGUAUUAAAAAACAAUUCAUGUGAAGGUAUUUCUAAUAAGUAUAUGAAUUAUCCUCAAUUAGUUAAUAAUAAUAGUAUUAAUACAUUUCAAAAUUUUGGUAACAAUAUAAAUUAUAUAAAUAAUAACAUGCAAAACCCAUAUAUGGUAAAUAUGGAUAUACCAAAUAAUGUUAUGCACUAUAAUGGACAAGAUAAUUAUAAUAAUUUAUAUAAUCAACAGGUUACAUAUCCUCCCCAGUAUAUGAUGAAUUCUAACCUUUAUUAUAAUGAAACCAUGUCUUCACAAAAUAAUAUGAAUCAAAUGUAUAAUAUGACAGCACAUAUGGAGCAAUGUCCUAAUGGAAAUUUUUAUAAUUUUAACAAUAAUAAUAAUAAUAAUUUUUAA